AUGGAGGAACUCACGGCGUUUGUAUCCAAAUCUUUUGACCAGAAGACGAAGGAGAGCGGCGGCGGCGGCGGCGGCGGCGGUGGUGGCGGCGGCGGCGGCGGCGGCGGGAAGAAAGAUUCGAUCACCUACCGGGAAGUUUUGGAGAGCGGACUGGCGCGCGCCCGGGAGUUGGGGGCCUCGGACUCCAAUCUGCAGGACAUAACGGACGCCGGCGGCCACUGCCCGGUGCAUUUGUUCAAAGACCACGUGGACAGCGACAAGGACAAGCUGAAGGAGUUUGGCACCGCGGGGAGGGUCACGGAAGGUCUCUAUGACUGCAAGGAGAAGCGCGAGGACGUGAAGUCGGAGGACGAGGACGGGCAGACGAAGCUGAAGCAGAGGCGCAGCCGCACCAACUUCACGCUGGAGCAGCUCAACGAGCUGGAAAGGCUCUUCGACGAGACGCACUACCCGGACGCCUUCAUGCGCGAGGAGCUGAGCCAGCGCCUGGGGCUGUCGGAGGCGCGCGUGCAGGUCUGGUUCCAGAACAGGAGAGCCAAGUGCCGCAAACAAGAAAACCAGAUGCAUAAAGGUGUGAUCCUGGGCACCGCCAGCCACCUGGACGCCUGCAGGGUGGCGCCCUAUGUGAACAUGGGCGCCCUGCGGAUGCCUUUCCAACAGGUCCAGGCCCAGCUGCAGCUGGAAGGCGUGGCGCACGCCCACCCGCACCUGCACCCGCACCUGGCGGCGCACGCGCCCUACCUGAUGUUCCCGCCGCCGCCCUUCGGCCUGCCCAUCGCCUCGCUGGCCGAAUCCGCGUCCGCCGCCGCCGUCGUGGCCGCCGCCGCCAAGAGCAACAGUAAAAACUCCAGCAUCGCCGACCUCCGGCUGAAGGCGCGCAAACACGCCGAAGCCCUGGGCCUCUGA